CCUCCUGUCUUGACACCAACACUGCUGCCACCCACAACCCCAACCCUCUGGAAGAUCUGCCAUCUGAGUGUAGGGUCUGUCUCUCCUCCCAGGAUUACAACAAAAACCCGCCAUGCCUCUGGGAACACCUGCCCCACUAAACAAGCGGAAAAAGCUCUCCAAGAUCAUAACUGACUUAUCACAUAUCGCUCAGGAUGAGUAUGAGGAGGAGCCAGAGGCAUCAGAGUUCGACCUGGGAACAAAGAUCAGGACUCCCAAAGACAUCAUGCUCGAGGAGCUUUCCCUGCAAAAGAACCGAGGCUCCAAGAUGUUCAAGAUGAGGCAGCAGAGAGUGGAGAAGUUCAUCUAUGAGAACAACCCAGACAUCUUCAGCAGUGAGUCUAUGGACAAUCUCCAGAAGUUUGUUCCCGGUCUCGGUGGUCAGGUGGGAAGUCACAUGAUAAACGUUGGUGGGCAUUUUCUUAGCAAGGACGUUGGACAGCUGCGUUAUGGAGGGAUGCAAGUUGGAGGAGGGGCCCCUGUACCUCCCCCAAAGCCCGGAAGCAAAGGGGCAGGAGGAGCUGGAGGAGCUGGGGGAGCUGGAGGAGCAGGAGGAGCGGGAGGACUGGGUGGUGGCGAACAAGGGACAGGUGGAACAGGAGAAGCUAGUGAGUGGUCUCCACUGAAAGGAGGUGGAAAGGGUGAUAAGAAGCGCAUGUAUGUGAAGACGUACAUGUCGCCAUGGGAGAAGGCCAUGAAAGGUGAUGAAAAUCUGUUAGCCACUCUGAAAACUUCAAUGCCCGGUCCCCUUGAGAAAAAGGAUUUCCCCAAAUGGAAAUGUUUCAACAGGUCUGCUAUGCCAUACGGCGGCUUCGAGAAGGCCAACCAGUUCCUGAAAUUCCAGCUGCCAGAUCCUGAGGCCACAAAAGAGGAGCCUGAACCCACAGUGUAUCAACAUGACGUCGGCUGCCGGCCUUCCUUCAACCGCACUCCUAUUGGCUGGGUGUGCAGCAGUGAGCCAAGCAGCAUUCAUAUGGAGUCGGAUGUUGUGCCCUUUGAUGGAGAGACCGACGAGCUGUGAAAAAAUAUUCAUACUGUGACUACACUCACUGUGAAUGAAUGCAUGCAUACACAUUAGCAUGCACGCACACAGACACACACACACAGACACAAUAGAUGAGCUUACAAUUAACUGUUGUAUUGAUGAAUUUUGAAUCUCUCAGUAUGGAUAACUGGAAGCAUACAUGAAUUGUGGUCAUGUUCUGAUUUUGCUCAAUAUUUGGUUGCAAGGCAAAGAAAGUUGAGUCUAAACACUCCUUUAGUUUGGCAGAAACGUUGGGGAGAAGUUGCAGAUUUUGUCAAAGAGAAAAGAAUGAAUCACAUGUUGUGAUGUGUACGCGCACGAAGUCUUGAUGUCUACUCAUGUAUUACCAUAUUUGUUAUUUCCCAGUGCCUUUUUUGUUAAGAUUCUCUGAUCUUUUGUUGAGCUAUGAACCCCCCCCCCAAACACCUGUCCAAUUCUGAAUGCAUGCAUAGAGUACCAACACAGUGUCUCCACAAUAAACCCUUUCAAACUGUAAACAACCCUCUUGUAGAGUGAAUAAAAUGUCAAGGGAAAUCA